CACUCUUUCUUCACACCUCAAAUUCACCUUCUCUUCCUCUCAAACAAGUUGGAUUUUUCUUCUUGCUAUUUCUCCAAAAUUGGAUGUGUACAAUUCCAAAUUCAACAUAAAGAAAUUGUUGUUAUUGUUAUAGAAGAAGAGUAUGGAUAAUAAUCAGUAUUAUGCACCACCACAUGGGCAUGCAUCUAGGCCAUCACUAGGAUUUCCUUUAGGCACUGCUGUUCUUCUGAUAGUCAUAUUUAGCUUGAGUGGCAUAUUUUCUUGCUGUUACCAUUGGAAGAAACUGCGCUCACUCCGCCGCUCUUUUGCUGAUCUUGAAGCUGGCCUUGAUCCUACUUCUUUGAAACAUAAGCAAAACCACAUGAACUGGAAACAAAACCAGAGCACAAUUUUGCCAGCAGUUUUAAUGCCAGGUGAUGAAAUACCAAAAUUCAUAGCAAUGCCAUGUCCAUGUCAGUUUCCAAGACCUGAAAAAGUUGUUGAACAUUUGCAGAAAUUGUCGCCACCACUGCCAUCGCCGCCUAAGCCGCUGCGGACGGUGGCGGCAGUACCUUUUCAUUAGUACUUAGUAGUAAAACGGAAAAAGGAUAUCAAUUUUUAGGAUUUGGUUAAUUGGUUUAUAUAUUGUAAAUUACUCAUAGAGUUUGUAGUUUAAUUGAAUAUCCCAAUCUUUUUUACUUGUGAAUACUAAUGAAAUCUGAACAAUUCCAUUGCUA